CAACACCAGAGUCACAACCGUCUCGUAUGUCACAAGUAAUUUCGCACGUAUCUCAAGCGGCGUCAAAAGUAUCACAGGUAGUAGUGUCAUCAUCAAUAUUGCCGUCAAUAGCCUUUCUUGCUAGACAUAGUGGUUCUGCGAGUGGUUCUAAAGGUGGUGUAGCCCCGCCAUUAGGUUUAUAUCUUCUUGCAGCCGCAGGUACGUCAGUAACUGUUCUUACUAUUUGUGUCGGAGGAACUGUAUAUUAUUAUGAGACAAAAAAUAUCUCUUGUAAGAGGUGUAAUAAAUUAGUUGGAGAAAAAGGUUGUAUUGAAAAAUGUGAUAAUUGCAAAAAAGAAUGGAUAGAAACUGGUUGUACGAUCGGAUACGAAUGUUGUAAACAAGAUGAGAAUAAACCUGGAUGUAAAGCACGUGAAAAGUGCAUAAUGUGUCAAGAAGCUGCGAUCAAAUUAAAUUCCCAAGGAUGUACACAAUAUUGCAUGAAGUGCAAAGAAAUGUGGAAUACGCCGGGUUGUGAUCCUUCCUUCAAACACAAUGUGGUGAUAAUGGAUUGAACUCAUCUCUUUUUUUUUAUAUUUUGAAUA